AUGACGUGGCUACCGUACGUGGUGUUGAGUCUUUGUUUUCUAGGCGUCAGGAGUAGAAAAGUUACAUUGGACCAGCAGCAUGAUUCUUUUGUAAUUUAUGGUGGCGAGUUGCUGCAGAAGGUGCAACUACAAAUCCACUGCGAUAGGGAGCCAUGUAGUGUACGAAUUGAAACACUAAUCCGGUUUCCCAAUGAUACUGAUUUUAGUAUCGUUUCAAGCGCCGGCACUACAAAAUACGAUCAUGUGGGAAGUCCGACGUACACGCUACCUGCUACGGUUAUAUUCAGAAGCGUCGAUACCUCUGAUCCGCACUUUGUAAUUGCUUUUCGAAUUGUUGAUGGCGAACAACCAGCUUCGAAUCUGGCCCUCGUCGGUGCUGUCGAAGACUACACCGAUGUCACCCUCGACCACAAAACCUCGGCGAUCACCUUAGUAAUGGGCAAAACCGAUCACCCCUACCUGGAAAUCUCUCAACUAAAGACAACCCCCGAUUGCCCACUGCACUUUUUUGCCGGAAGUUUGCCAUCAAACGUUUCGAGCAAGGGAAGCGAUUCAGAUACGCUGUUGUUUAAAUACGAUGGUUCAACGUAUUUCCAAACGAGCAUCCUGAAAAAUCAGGUUGUCUCUGUUUGGAUUCCAGAUAAUUGCCAAGCAAGCUUCAUAUACCAGGCACCGAUCGCAAGAACGCUUGAAAGUGGUGAGUAUCGUAGCGGGUCGAGCGGAUAUUUUGUAAGCUACGAUUGGGCGGAACCGUUUGAAGAUGCUGGUUUUUACCAUGAGUUUUUGCAAGGGACGCUGACCGGUUCCGCUAACCUUCCUAAUCAAACAAUUUAUCUCAAGGUGAAGGCAAAUCCGUCAAUUAAUGAAUCCUUGACACUGACGACCUCUGAUGCGGAGUCGAACCAAAUUUGGGAAUACAAAAUCGACCAACCGCUCGAACGUGUUUUCCGAACUCAUGGCCAGCAAUUCAGCUUCCAAUGGACCCCGAAUGCAAAUGAUGCAAACGCCACCCAGCAGGGAUUCGCCAUCUAUUAUUGGAUCCCGGAUGAGAUUGUGACGACAACCACCAGCACCACAACGACCACCACCACCAAUGCUAAGACAAGUCGUGCGACUGUCGCUCCAUCCCCGACUACUGGAAAGAAAGACGAUCCUACUGUUACUACGGCUUUUCUAGAACCCACAACUUCUCCAGCGCCAAAACUUGUCUCUGUUUUUUGCCUAUUGAGUGCAAUUCUGGUAACAUUCUUC